AUGGACUCUCUCAAACCGAUCCCAACGUCACUGGCACCUGAGGUGUUGGAGUUGGUCAAGCAAUACUACGACGGCGACAUCGCCUCACAGCAGCUGUACAAUGAGCUGAAGAAGGUGUUCAAGCGCCACAGCGAAAGACAGAAUUGGAUGGACUCUAUUUAUAAUGAGGUCAAGGGCAUGAAGAAAGGCAGCGGGCGCAAGCAUGGCGGCCUCUACGACUACGAGAUCGACAAGCUGAUGCAGCCAUACGCCAAUGAUGGGUUUGAGGGCGUCAUCGCGAGUGAUCAACUGGAUGAGUUGAAGCCCAAGCAGCACAUGUCGUUCAUCAUGAACUUGGACAAGAGCAGUCAGCCGGGCAGUCACUGGGUCGCCUGUUAUAUCGAUGCCAAGGGCGACAAGUCGAUCGAGUACUACGACUCGUUUGGUGAUGACCCAAGCACUGACUUUAUGAGGAGGAUGAAACAGUUGAUUGAAGAGAUCGAUCCAGACGUGUAUUUAAAGUUUAAAGUUAACAGAGUGAUCGACCAGGCUGUCAACACCGACACCUGCGGUUAUCAUGCAAUGCGUUUCCUGUUGAAUAGAUAUCGAGGCGUGCCAUUCAAAGAGGCGACUGGCUACAGUGAUGUGAGGAGAGAGGAGAAGAAGGCGAGAGAGAUGAAGGAAAGGUACAAGAGGUUUGGUUACUUGUGA